GGUGGUUUGGCUCCAUUUAUUUUUGACUCUGCAAUUCCCACUGAGAGCACAAGCAAGCGACCUGGGAGCAAAACGAGCAGGCAAGGUUGGAGUUUUGGGGGUUUGGAUUUGGAGCUGCAAUAGGAUUGUGGCCCCAUCUUGAUCAAAUUUGUCUGGAGUUACCGAUCCCCUACGAGACCCUGGAAUAGCUGGUUAGGAGACGACAGGUUAUGUGUUUUGUAUCAUCUUGAAGCAAACCUCCAGACGGUCCCUGUGAAGUAGGCCAAGAUGACAAAGUCCGAGGAGCUGCCAGAGAGCCAAACAUCGGGGGAGUUUUAUGAGAAAUACGAGCCGAAAGAAAUUCUGGGAAGGUAUGAAGCCGGCAUUUGCAGCGUUGUCCGUCGUUGCAUUCAUAAAGUCACCCGGGAAGAAUUUGCCGUGAAAAUUAUUGACAUCACCGCCGGGAACUUGUCUCCGGAAGAAGUUCAGGAGUUGAGAGAAGCUACCAAAAAAGAGAUUGACAUUCUCCAGAAAGUAUCAGGACAUCCGAACGUCAUCCAGUUGAAGGACAGCUAUGAAUCGCACACCUUCUUCUUCCUGGUCUUUGACCUAAUGAAAAGAGGGGAGCUCUUUGACUACCUCACCGAGAAAGUGACGUUAAGCGAAAAGGAAACCAGAAAGAUCAUGCGCGCCCUCCUGGAAGUCAUCAAGUACCUCCACUCCAUGAACAUCGUCCACCGUGACCUGAAGCCAGAGAACAUCCUCCUGGACGACGACAUGAACAUCAAACUGACCGACUUCGGCUUCUCCUGUCAGCUGAAGGAGGCGGAGAAGCUGAAAGAAAUCUGUGGAACUCCUGGCUACUUGGCUCCAGAAAUACUAGAAUGUUCCAUGGAUCCGGACCACCUAGGUUACGGGAAGGAGGUUGAUAUGUGGAGCACGGGGGUGAUCAUGUACACCCUCCUGGCCGGGUCGCCCCCGUUCUGGCACCGGAAACAGAUGCUGAUGCUGAGGAUGAUCAUGAACGGCGAUUACAAGUUUGGGUCCCCUGAGUGGGAUGACCAGUCGGACACGGUCAAAGACCUGAUUGCCCAUCUCUUGGUGGUGAAGCCUAAGAAUCGUUACACUGUGGAGGAUGCUCUCUCCCACCCCUUCUUCCAGCAAUACGUGGUGGAAGAAGUCAGGCAUUUCAGCCCCUUCCGGAAAUUUCGGGUCAUCUGCCUGACGGUCUUGGCAUCCGUCCGCAUCUACCUCAACUACCGCAACGUCAAGCCCGUCACUCGGGAUGUGAUGCAGAGCGACCCUUAUGGCCUGAAGCCUGUCCGGAAGCUCAUCGACGCCUGCGCUUUCCGCAUCUACGGCCACUGGGUGAAGAAAGGGGAAGCCCAGAACCGGGCGGCGCUCUUCGAGAACACCCCCAAAGCCAUCCUGCUCAGCUUGGCCAUGGAAGAGGAGGAGCUCCUGUUCUGACCCAGGACAAACAGCUCCUGAGCGCGUUAAGAGCGAAGGCGGCUUCUCCUACUGAGAUGGCAGACUACCACUCCCAUUGUGGUGGGAGUUGUCGUCUCACCCCUCGGCAGGACGGCAGAGUUGAGGAGGCUGAGCUAAAGCAGAACAUUUAUCCCCUUCCUCCUUUUCUCCUUUUAAGGAUUUCAGGGUCACAGAAAUUUCUCUCUUUUUUUCCCCUCUCCUUUUUCUUUCACACACAGUCUUUCAGGAAGCUCGCUCGUGCCAAAGCCAGCAUUUCAACCCAAAGCUUUCCCCAUCCAACACUGACUCUCACUCUCAUGCCAAGAAGGGUCUUCUAGACUUUGCAAGACUUCAAUACUCCUCAGCCCCCACCCAUAUAGGGCAAAGGAUGAUGGCAGUUGUAGUCCCACAACCUCUUGAGGGCCCCACCGCCACCCCCCCCAGCACCCACA